AUGAGUGUUACUUCAAAAGUAUCACAACAAAAAGAAGUUUAUAAAGAUCUAAAUAGAAAAUUAUCAAAUAUAGUUGCUAUUAAAAUAAUCGAUUUGAAAAAAUCUGAAGAUGAAAUCGAAGAUAUUCAAAUACUUUCUCAAUGUAAUUCAGCAUAUGUUACUAAAUAUUAUGGUUCUUAUUUCAAAGGAACUAAAUUAUGGAUUGUUAUGGAAUAUCUUGGCGGUGGUUCAGCAUUAGAUUUUAUGAAAUCUGGUGCAUUGAAUGAAAAAUAUAUAUAUAAAGCUAUUAUUUUAUGA